AGCACCUGGGCGCGUGCGCGGCGGCCGCGAUGGCGGGGCCCGGCUGGGGCCCCCCGCGGCUGGACGGCUUCAUCCUCACCGAGCGCCUGGGCAGUGGCACCUACGCCACGGUGUACAAGGCCUACGCCAAGAAGGACACUCGCGAGGUGGUGGCCAUAAAGUGCGUGGCCAAGAAGAGCCUGAACAAGGCGUCCGUGGAGAACCUGCUGACGGAGAUCGAGAUCCUCAAGGGCAUUCGGCACCCCCACAUCGUGCAGCUCAGGGACUUCCAGUGGGACAGCGAGCACAUCUACCUCAUCAUGGAGUUCUGCGCGGGCGGCGACCUGUCCCGCUUCAUCCACACCCGCAGGAUUCUGCCUGAGAAGGUGGCCCGGGUCUUCAUGCAGCAGCUGGCCAGCGCCCUGCAGUUCCUGCACGAGCGGAACAUCUCCCACCUGGACCUGAAGCCGCAGAACAUUCUGCUGAGCUCCUUGGAGCGGCCGCACCUGAAGCUGGCAGACUUCGGCUUCGCCCAGCACAUGUCCCCGUGGGACGAGAAGCACGUGUUGCGUGGCUCACCCCUCUACAUGGCGCCCGAGAUGGUGUGUCGGCGACAGUACGACGCCCGCGUGGAUCUCUGGUCCGUGGGGGUCAUCCUGUACGAGGCGCUCUUUGGGAAGCCCCCGUUCGCGUCCAGGUCCUUCUCGGAGCUGGAGGAGAAGAUCCGGAGCAGCCGGGUCAUCGAGCUCCCCCUGCGGCCGCCGCUCUCCAGAGACUGCCGGGACCUGCUGCAGCGGCUCCUGGAGCGGGACCCCAGCCGCCGCAUCUCCUUCCAGGACUUCUUCGCCCACCCCUGGGUGGACCUGGAACACAUGCCCAGCGGGGAAAGCCUGGCCCGAGCCACCGCCCUGGUGGUGCAGGCCGUGGCGAAGGACCAGGAGGGGGACGCAGCCGCCGCCUUGUCACUCUACUGCAAGGCCCUGGACUUCUUCGUGCCCGCCCUGCACUACGAGGUAGAUGCCCGGCGAAAGGAAGCGAUUCAGGCAAAGCCCCUCGGCCCCCUGCAGGUGAGCCAGUACGUGUCCCGGGCUGAGGAGCUCAAGGCCAUCGUGUCCUCCUCCAAUCAGGCCCUGCUGCGCCAGGGGCCCUCUGCCCGCGACCUGCUCAGAGAGAUGGCCCGGGACAAGCCACGCCUCCUGGCUGCCCUGGAAGUGUCUGCUGCUGCCAUGGCCAAGGAGGAGGAAGCUGGCGGGGAGCAGGAUGCCCUGGACCUGUACGAGCGCAGCCUAGGAGAGCUGCUACUGCUACUGGCAGCAGAGCCCCCCGGCCGGAGGCGGGAGCUGCUUCACGCCGAGGUCCAGAACCUCAUGGCUCGAGCUGAGUACCUAAAGGAGCAGGUCAAGAUGAGGGAGUCUCACUGGGAGGCCGAGACCCUGGACAAAGAGGGGCUGUCGGAGUCGGUCCGCAGCUCUUGCACCCUGCAGUGACCGGGAAGGCUGGAUGGAGAGGCAGCCGCGCCAGGCCAGGCUGAUGCCCAGGACUUGGUGCCCCUGCAGCCCGGGAGAGCCUCGGCUGGGCACCUCUGGGACCCCAUGCCCCAGGGUCCACAGCCUCGCUCGGGACCCCCGGACCGCAGAGGUGUGCCAGGGCAGGAUGCUGCAAGGAGAGGAGACUUUCUCCCAUGAGACCCGUGGGUCCUGACCCCGUGUGGCAGGCGCCCCAGCAUGGGCAGCAGUGCCCUGCGUUCCCCCGUCCUCGUCUCCCUCCCUGCACUGGAACAGGGCCCGCAGAGCCCCUCAGGGACCACCCCGCCCAUAGCCCUGCCCUCCCGGGUUCUGGGCCCUGCCUGCUUCUCAGUACUUUCCAGUGCUCCUGCAGGCACGGAGCAAACUCCCUUCCCGGGGUGGGCUGCUCCUGCCCUGGCCUGGGCCUGGGCCUGGGCCUGCCGCAGCCCCGGGCUACCCGGUCCUGGGCCUGGUGCUGCUGUGACCCUGGCAGCCCCUUCCCUUCCCGGGGUGGGCUGCUCCUGCCCUGGCCUGGGCCUGGGCCUGGGCCUGCCGCAGCCCCGGGCUACCCGGUCCUGGGCCUGGUGCUGCUGUGACCCUGGCAGCCCCUUCCCUUCCCCGGGUGGGCUGCUCCUGCCCUGGCCUGGGCCUGGGCCUGGGCCUGCCGCAGCCCCGGGCUACCCAGUCCUGGGCCUGGUGCUGCUGUGACGCCAGCGGGUGACCCUGGCAGCCCCUUCCCUUCCCGGGCUCAUGGGGACAGAGGGGCUGACCCCUAGAGAAAGGGGCACACCUGGGCUCUAGGCAGCGUUCUCUGACAGAGCUGGGGCGUCGGUGCCCGAGCCCAGCUGUAAGAAUGCACUCCCUCGUUUCGCUAUUAAAUUAUUUUCUCUA